AUGUCCAAUUCUCAGCACAACGGCUACCUUGCCGAGGAACAUUUUGAACCAGUAUCACCCAUCGAUAUCGUGCAACCCAAGCGAAAGUCUGUUGGAUUUGGCCCCGUAAAAACCAUCAACAUUCACGGCACACAUUCUGGAAACGCAAAUCCUCCCACAAUAGAUUGCCCUCGCACGGCAAGGUUUACCGAAGCAACGUCUGUAGAUUCUCCAAUGGAGCCGUCGUCACGGUCCCCCUUUGCGAAUCCACCUGUACCCGCAGGGUCCAGUUCGACAGCUAAAGUUUCUGACUUGGGAUUCGGCUACGUAGCUGAUAACCAGCCAUCAAACCAUGCUACAGCUCCUCAAGAUGCGGGUCUUCAGUCAAAUCCUCCGAAUUCUCCGUUAAAAAGUGCUAUGAAGACACCUGGCACCCCCGGCCGCUUGGUCAACCCCUUGAGUCCUACAUUCAAGGAGGAGCAGAUCCUGGAUCACCACGAGAAGAAAGCCGAAAAGGAAAAUGCUCAGGAUGUUAAAGUCAAAACGCGAGUUCGCAUAGCAAAAUUCCUUUUGCGUGGUGUCAACUUUUCAUGUAGCUUGAUCAUUCUUGCAUUGCUGGCGCAGAGCUUUGUUAUUUUCAAUGCCACCAAGCGCCUUGCAUCCAGAAACGACCUCACUCCCUGGUCUCCCAACACCAGCCUUUGGCCUCAGAUUGUUAUUGUUGUUCUGGCUUCGAUCUCAGUUUUUCUUUGUGUAGGUGUGUUUAUCGCAUACUGUCGUGGUGGACACGGUCGCGCAGAGAAGGUUGGCAUAUACUACACCGUUUUCGGUGCCUGCUUUUUUGCCUUUACAAUCGUGAUGUGGGUGGUUGCGGCCGUUAUAUUGCACAAUAGCAAAGCUACCGGUAAUGGCAAAGACUUGUGGGGUUGGUCUUGCAAGGAAAACCUUCGAAGCCAUUUAUUUUCUGACAUUAUUGAUUACGCUCUUGUUUGCCGACUUCAGGACUGGGUGUUGGUUUGCGUUAUCAUCGAAGUCAUCGUUGACACUUUGACCGUCGCUAUUUAUGCUGUCGUUUUCUAUCGGUUCUACUCGAAACGUAAGCUUAGAAAGUCCAUGAACGCUCGUGAUGACGCCCGUUCCGACCUUUACCUCGCCCACCUUCGCUCCCAGUCCGCGCCAAACACACCUGGAUACCCUCUCAGUCCAGCUGGCAAGGUGGACCCAUACUCCGCCGCAGAGAACGGCCAAUAUCCCACCCCCCAGUUUGCAACCACGAACACGGCUCCAAACCAGCCUUUUCAACUUCAGCCUCCUCCAAUUCGCAUCCAGGCCCCUACUCGUGACAACUCUCCCACGGAUGGCCAAGCACCCCUAUCACCUGGCCUUGCCCAAAUCAUCAACAGCCACAUUGGUCCUGCACCGGGAGAGAAACAGUACGAAUCUGUGCCGAUCCCAGGCUCCUAUUCAACUCCAUUAAGCAGCCCGACUUUCGUGUCCCAGGGAUCAGUGCAGCCAUCGCAAAGAACUCAAGAAUUUUCUAAUAACACACCCGGAAUGGCGAUAACGACGGAUGCCAAUCCCACGACCUCUCAGCGUUCAUAA